AAAAAAACCAUUUCAUCAACAAGGUCGGAUCUUGAUCAUGUCUCUUUCAAUCAUAUCGAACGACUUAGCAGUUAGUGAAGGAUAUCUCCGAGGGAGAAAUCAAGAACAUGAUUAAAUUAAGGUGCAAACCUACAUAUCAUUUGAAAGAAAGACCAGGCUUGGUAUCUCAGUAUUUUCAGUGGUCACAUAAACAAAUGGAAUAGAAUGGUGCGAGAAGAGCCAGAUUUGCCAACCAGGAUCAUGUCCGUGGCUCAAGAUAAAGCAUUUGAACAAAAGAGCAUAUAUGAACCUCUUUAUAACAGACACGAUGAAGAUGGAGACAGUAAUGAGGAUGACGAUAACGAAGGAGAUCAAAUACCCAAAAUCAGGAUUGGCAUCUGCGCCAUGGGUAAAAAGACAAGAGCUCAACCGAUGCAAGAGAUCUUGGGUCGAAUGUCAGCAUUUGACUGUGUAGACAUCUUUUUGUUUCCUGAUGACAUUAUCCUGAAUAUGCCAGUGGAGGACUGGCCCAUCUGUGACUGUCUGAUUUCAUUUUAUUCGAGUGGAUUUCCACUUGAGAAAGCCAUUGAGUAUACCAAGCUAAGGAAACCAUUUAGCCUUAAUGAUCUGGAAAUGCAGUAUGCUUUAAUGGACAGAACGACAAUGUAUAGCCUUCUAGAAAGUGCAGGUAUCGAAACACCAAGACACGCAAUAUUGCGACGAGAUGACGAUGGAAAUCCUAGCAACGCGAAAUUUGUCGAACUGGACGAUUCGGUGCAGAUUGGUGACAUGAUAUUCCAUAAGCCUUUUGUAGAGAAACCAGUCGAUGCGGAAGACCAUAAUGUGUACAUCUAUUUCCCUUCGAGAAUUGGUGGCGGGAGCCAAAGAUUGUUCCGCAAGGUCGGGAACAGAAGCAGCGUGUACUCGCCUGAAAGCUCGGUGAGGAAAAAGGGUUCAUACAUCUACGAGGACUUUGUAGUCACCGAUGGAGUGGACUUAAAGGUGUAUACAGUGGGUCCAGAGUAUGCUCAUGCUGAAGCACGCAAGUCUCCUUCACUUGAUGGAAAAGUUGAACGAGACAGUGAAGGAAAAGAGAUACGUUACCCUGUUAUACUUAACCAAUGUGAGAAAGAGAUGGCGAACAAAGUUUGCAAGAUGUUUAAGCAAACUGUUUGUGGAUGUGACUUUUUGCGCACUCAUGAAAAGUCAUAUGUUUGUGACGUAAAUGGCUUCAGUUUCGUCAAGUCUUCAAAGAAGUAUUACGAUGAUGCUGCUCAAGUGUUGAUUGACCUGAUUGCACACAGACUUGCCCCGCGGUUGUAUAAAACUUACAAUUUGUCUGCGCCUGAGCAGAUCCGGAAGGUUGAAGUUACGGAAGGCACCAAGUUAGAACUCAGGUGUGUAGUGGGUAUCAUCAGACAUGGCGAUCGAACUCCCAAACAGAAAAUGAAGAUGGAAGUGCGACAUCCAAGGUUUAUCGAGUUGUUUAAGAAGUACGACGGUUUUGAUAAGGAAGCGCCGCUUAAGUUGAAGAGACCAACUCAGUUAAAGGAAGUACUAAAUAUCGCCAGAGACUUGGAAGCCGACGUCAAGAAAGGAAAGCCAUUGUUUGAAAACCCUAACAAAAUCCAUCAGCUAAAAGCUGUACUUGAAAUGUAUGGAAAUUUUUCUGGCAUCAAUGAAAAAAUUCAGUUUAAGUAUCUAGGGAAGCCGCGCGAUAGAAAAGACAGUGAGAUCCGGAAAUCUAAAUACAAGAAGGGUGAGAGAGAAGCAGAAAGAAGAGAAAGAAGAGACACCCAAACUGAAACAAGAAAGGAAUCAAAGGAAAACGAGGCCCAAGAAGACAACGAACAUUCCUUGCUCUUGAUCCUAAAAUGGGGCGGAGAAUUGACGAUGAUGGGAAAAGACCAAGCACUGGAGCUAGGUCGUGCUUUUAGGAGUGUGUAUGGUUGCCAAGGGCAAUACUCUGAAUUACCUUGUUGUGGUCUUCUGAGACUUCACAGCACCUACAGACAUGACCUGAAGAUCUAUGCGUCUGACGAGGGACGAGUCCAAAUGACGGCUGCAGCAUUUGCAAAGGGAUUCCUUGCACUCGAAGGUGAACUUGCACCAGUGCUGGUUCAUCUUGUACGAAGCGAUAAAAACACUACAGAAAUGCUCGACACUCCAAGCUACGCUUCUCGAAUAUUGGGAAAAGUCAAGCACAGACUUCAUGAAUUACUUCACACUGACGAGGACUUCAAAGAAGAAGAUUUUACUAUGCUUGCACCAACAAAGAAUCCAUCACUAAUCAAUGCUAUGAAAUUUGUCGAAAACCCCUACAAAAUGUGUGAAAGAAUUCACAAGUUGGUGCAGAGCCUCAUUGGGCAGUUAAAGGAGUUGAUUACUCAGAAAAUUUAUGAUCCAAGAGAUCCCUUCGUCAUUCGCUCUGACGAAGGGCUAACGCUCGAAACGCUGAACAAUGUUUCACUCUUGCAGGAUUUCAAGCUAAAAAGCGGUCGGUUUGAUAUAAGCCUCAUACCAGACAUUUACGACUGUAUCAAGUAUGACGUACAACACAACAGUCAUCUAAACCUGACAAACAGUUUGGAGCUAUACAAGUGUGCCAAAGCCUUCGCUGAUAUUGUGAUUCCCCAGGAAUAUGGAAUCACAAAAGAGGAGAAGUUGGUUGUCUCCCAAAGUGUUUGCAUGAGGCUGUUGAAGAAGAUCAGCGGAGAUCUGCGACAUGCUGACAAGACAGACACCCAUACUCGUCUUGAUCCUGACCAUAUACAGAGUGUAGAAGCUCUAAAUCGCCACGUGCGGACAAGGUUGUACUUUACCAGUGAGAGUCACGUGCACUCGUUGGUAAAUGCCCUAAGAUAUGGAAACCUCUUUGAAGAAAUUCCGGAUAACCAGUGGCAGAGUGCUGUUGACUUCUUAGCAGAAGUUCCAGAGCUAAGCUACAUGACUCAGAUCGUGCUGUUGUUGUAUGAAGACCCCAAGGCUGAUCUUUUGUCUGAUAAGCGAUUUCAUGUGGAGCUGCUCUUUAGCCCCGGAGCCAAGACUAUGGAUGAUCCAGAGUUUUUAACAUGUGGUUCCCCAAGGAACCCCAGUACGGCUUCUGUCCUUAGUUUUGCAACAAUUGACACAGACUUGGACGACAUUGAAGUAUUUGAGCCUUAUGAUGAAAGUGUUUACACCGAAAAUGAUACGCCACGAUCUGAGAUUGGACUUGAUGACUACAAUGAUGAUAGCAUCAGCGAAGGUGCAACUCCUUCUUUAGUUGGCAGUGGAGAUUUCAAGCGUAGCUUAGAACGUUCAUCAGACAAAUCAAAGCCUGCUGCUUGCAAGCGCGUCAGUUUUGAACCACUACGCGAAGGAGAAGUUCACUUGAAUUACUGUCUAAACCGGACUGAUGAAUCAUGGACUCUCUUAAGCUUGCCAAGAAGAAGAAGUAACACUGAAACAGUCACAGAUGCAACACGUGAAGAGGAAGACCCUUUACCCACGAGGCAAAGCGCUCCGAUGAAACCAACCUACUCUCAGGACGUGCAUGAUGACCAUGCAAAACAGCAGGCUCAACCAAAGGAAGAGGAAAGCGCCACUACCGAUAGUGGUACUGGGAGUGGAAGCAGUGGAAGAACUCAAGAACUUCCUGGUGGUUUAUCUCAAGAAGACAUAUCUGUCUUUGGUCCUCGCGAACGAGCGACUAGCUUUGAACUGGUGCGCGAGGAAGACGACAAUCAAGUCGGAGAUCAACUACAGAGGUUUGACGAGUCCUAUGUAACUACCAUUGAAAGACCUAUUGCAAGAAGAUACAGUUUUGGUGUUUUAAAAACUCCGCCCGACGUCUUAAACCCAAGCAAGCGUAAGAUCAGCUUCGAGCUGGUUCGUAACGAUGGAAAAGGUAACUUUGAUGGUUUCUUAGACCCAGCUAAUGAGUCUCCUACUCCAUCAAGAAUAUCAGCAAGGAAAAUAAGUUCAGGAACUGCAAGUUCUGCAAUUUUUGCCUUACAAAGUCUCACGCACGCUAUUCAGAGUACUUUGGUUGUUAGGCCUCAUUCCCUCGCGAACCGCACUUCAAAGAGUCGCAAGCCACCUAUUGCAGUGCGUUAUGAAGAAAUGACCAAAGUGGGAUCAUUGAACCCUCUUCGCACUCUACACGAUGCUGUUCCACUUAAAGAGAUGGACAAUUUCUUUGACACAUUUACUGGGAAGAAAUGUUUUACUCCUACACUUACUUCACGCUCAAGGACUAACUCCACGGAGAGUAACGUCUAAGAAUUGUCCAAAGAAGCAACUGAAAACUUGGAUUCUUCAUAAUACCGAUUUAUCAUUGAGAGAGAUCUGGAACACUAUUAACGGGAACACCAUUGAAAAGACAAGGACUAAAAUUAUGCUGUCUGUCCUCCCGGUGACCGUUUUUGCAAUGUUUGAAAUAUGAAUUUGUUUUUAAAAUGCUACACUUUCCUAUUUUUCUACUACAAGGAUUAGAACAAGUCAUAAGAAAAUUUACCAUUUGUGUGUGCAGCAAACGUAGUCUAUCCGUUGGCCCAUUCUCAUUAUCAACUCUGUUGAUAAAAACAAACUGUGUCUUGUGAUAACGUCCACGGAAGCAGCACCACAGUUUCUUUGGAAGCUCCCCUUCGAUUCUCAAUGUAGGCGAAACCUCGUUACCAGGAUCACUCUUCUGCCCGGCCCGCUGGAGAAGAGAGAGUGCUUGAAAGGAGUUUUAUUAGGUAUAGUCAAGUUUCUUCGGUUGUUUCUCCCCUAUCCACAGGCCUUUCUCAGGUCGUGACUCGUGCACAGAAAUGUAACGUAGAAUCCCUUCCUGAUUUUACCUUUGAAAGCUUUCCACAAAGUAGUAUGAAUAAGCAGAAGUUAAGGAGUCUGGAAAGACGCAGAAACUUUGCUGACCAACUUUCAACUUUAUUUCAAAUUCUUUAACUCAUGGCCUAUGACAUUACCAUUUCAACUUUGUUGAUAUAUCCAAAUUAUUUCGUUACCCCCACCGACGCAGCCCCAAACAGUUUCUUUAGAAACUAUCAGCCUAUGACAUUACUGCCGAUCAAACUUGCGCAGUCUCAAUUCGAUCCUUUCUCUUGAAGACAAUUUUUUUAAGAAGUGAAGAUUCGUGAUAUAAAUAGUGAUUUAUUCCACAUGUUGUGAAAAAUUUUUACAUGCAUAGAUGUAUAUGUUGUAGUUCAAUUUUAUACUUGGUUCAAAAUUUAUUUUCU